AUGUCGCAGCCGAAAACAGACGAAAAAUCCACACAACCCUCUUCCUCAUCCAACCAAUCCGAUAUCAUUGAAGAUGUGAUAGAGCAUGUGGAGAUGAUUGAGUUGGAAAUGAGUGUAGUGCCAAUAGUGGGAUUGUUGAUUGCAUCUUCAAUCGCAGGAGUUUUGAUUAGAGUAAAAUUGACUGAGCUGAAUUCAUAUCCGGGUGUACCAGUGUUUCCAUUGCUUUACGCACAGUUUGUUGGCUGUCUGAUCAUGGGCAUUUGCGUUCAGUCGAAGGAUAUGCUGUUUGAUAUGUAUUAUCCAUUAUACGUCGGAAUAUCAACAGGUCUCUGUGGCUCUAUAACAUCGUUUUCAUCAUUCGAAUUAGCCACUUUUCGAGCUGUAAUCAAUGACGGGAUUGGGUAUGGUAUCAUGGCUGGCCUAACUCAUGUUAUGAUAACGAUUGGAAUGAGCGUAGCGGCAUUCUGGUUCGGUAAAGAUUUAACUGAACUCGUAACAAGCAAAUAUUGGAAAAAUAAAAAGAAGAGAAUGUACAAACUAGUGCCGAUGGACUUUAGAAAAAAUGGUUCGAAACUAGAUUUUGGUUGCGUUGUUAUUGGGGCAAUUGUAUGGAUAGCUGCUGUUUCAUUGGCGAUUGUCUGGGGAGAGCAGCGGCCGAUAUUGUUUGCUACCGUGUUUGGGCCUGUGGGUACUUUAUGUCGAUGGCGUCUUGGAGCUUUCAAUAGUGCAAAGACAUCUUUCCCUCUUGGUACUUUCGCUGCCAAUAUGUUAGGAAGUCUGUGCAUAUCGAUUUUAUUUCUAUUAAGUCAUGGGAGCGUCUCAUCAGUUAUUGGAUGUGAUAUCAUAGCGGGAUUAUCCGAUGGAUUCUGUGACGAUGAAAGAUUGUGUGAAGGCCACGGAGCAGUGGAGAAAUAG